GGAAGGGAAGCUUAUCAGUUAUCACAACCUGAAUAUAAAUCUUUUUACAUAUUUUUCUCUUUGAGUUUCCAAUCCCAACGAAGAAGAGUCCAGAAAAGCGAAAGAGCCUGAUUUAGCAUUCAAGCAAAUCAACCAGAUCUCAUUGCCCGACCUCUCCCCCCCCCCCCCCCCCCCUCUUUCUCUGCUUUUUCCUUCAAUUUGGUGCGAUCACGAAUCAAUCCUAUUUCUCGAUCUCCUUCGAACGCAGGUUCGCAAUCAGAUCUCAUCUACACCUCUCUGAUCCAACGCAUUUCUCACCGCCCUAUUCCCCUGAUUUCGUCAUUCCCAUUCGCAUCACCUUUGAAUUUGAUAAUUAUUAGUUUUUGUUGCUAUUUGAGAUCAAUCCCCCAACGAGAAAUUCCACGACAUGAACUCCAACUACGGGAAAUCCAACAAACCCUCGUCCCUCAACAACUACGGCUUCGAUUUCGGAGGACUCGGCUCCAAUCGUUCCCGACCUCUCAACGAGCAGAAGAGCCAAACAGCUUCUUCAUUCACUUCUUCCCAAUCCAAGCCCAAUACCUCGUCUUCUUGGCAGCCUAGGCCGUCCUGGACUCACCAACCGGCGGCGAUUCAGCCGGCUCCCCCCGGCUUGAAUGGUCCAUCCUCGAUGGUCGGCGACAUAUUCGGGAAGACCUGGUCUUCGUCUUCCUCCUCAUCGACCGCCACCUCCUCCAGCAUCGGAAUUGCCAAUAAGAACCCUAAUUUGUUCGGAGACCUUGUUGGAUCUGCGUUAGGGCAAAGUAAGGCUAAUAGCAACGUACCUUUGAAGGUUGCCGCGCCUGUCUCUGCAUCGGGAUCGAACAAGGGUGCAUAUUCCAUGGGGAAUUUAGCAGAUUCGCUGCCGAAGACUGGUAAUUUGGCGAAGGGAAGCGGUAAUUGGGGCUCUUCGGAGAGUUUUGGGAGUUAUACAAGUGCAAACAAUAGUAGUGCCAAUACUAGUAAUGUCAAUAGCAUGAAAAGUGGGACUGUUGGGGGUCCGGCAAUGAGGAGUGGAGGUGGGAUGGGUUCAAAUAAGGACCCAUUUGGUUCCUUGGUUGAUUUUGGAUCAAAGCCAAUGGGAAGUUUGAAUUCAGCCACCAAAGGCACUAAUAAUAAUAAUUCCACUUCAAAGGAUGAUGCCUUUGGAUAUUUUCAGAAUGCUUCAAAAUCAAGCACACCUACAUUUGAUCCUUUUCCUCAGGUUAAAAGCAAUCCCGUGGGAUCAAAUUCUGGUUCUUAUUCAAGAAUGGAUGAUUUUGCUGUCCCUACCCCUCAGAAUCAGCCUCCUGUUCAGUCAUCUGGUGGCGAUGUCUUUGACUCGCUGUUUACCUCAUCCUCGGCCUCUGUUGGGGGCUCAACUAAUAUUUCUGAAGAAAUUGGGAGCCAGCAGUUUUCUGGUGGUGAUGAUUGGGGAAUGGAUACAGGAUUUGGGGGAGGGAAUGACACAGGUGGGACAACUGAGCUUGAAGGUCUUCCUCCACCACCUACAGGUUUUUCGGCAACAGCUGCAAAGAAUAAAGGGAUGGAUAACUACAAGCAGGGACAGUAUGCUGAUGCCAUAAAGUGGCUUUCUUGGGCUGUGAUUCUUCUUGAGAAGGCUGGUGAUGAUGCUGCUACCAUGGAGGUCUUAUCCAGCAGAGCUUCGUGUUACAAAGAAGUUGGGGAGUAUAAAAAAGCUGUCGCAGAUUGUACAAAGGUCCUAGAGCGAGAUGGUGAGAAUGUAGCUGUCCUUGUACAGCGUGCUCUCUUGUAUGAGAGUAUGGAAAAGUACAAGCUUGGUGCAGAAGACCUGAGGAUUGUAAUGAAGCUUGAUCCGGGUAACAGGGUUGCAAGAAGUACCAUCCAUCGGUUGACUAAAAUGGCCGGCUAGAGAAGUUUCUUUUUUCCACUUGCUUUGUUUCUUUUUCUCAUUCAUUUACAUGAUUGAUAUUUGAUAGUUAUAUUCUCUCUUUAUAUCAAUUUGUGGGGGAGUAAUAGCAUUUUGCUUGAGAACUGUUAUUCUUCUUAUGUUUGUUCUGUAACUUUACAUGCUUGUUGUAUUUCAUGUCCUAUUCUGGUUGUGAUCUGAAAUUCUCUUGUAUGCAUUUAAAAUUUCUCUUGGAUUGGAGGUUGAGUUCAAUACACGCUUGGUGUAUCUUUUUCUUUGUAACUGCGAUUCAUGUCUUAAAGGCAGUAUUCUUGGGUACUUAAUCUAGUCAUAUGGUCUUUUGGGAGGUUUAAUGUCACUUCAACAUUUCUGAAGAACCAUGUACCUAUGAAAAAAAAAAUUAUUAUUUGAGUAUGUCUACUUGGCAGUGCUAGAUGUUCAACCUAUGAAGUAACCAAGCAACAUUGAGGAAGAGAUAGGAAUAAAGCAGAUCAAGAAAUUAUAGAUGGUUUGUGACCAAGCCAUGGCAGAAUGGAAGAAUGGCGUAAAUCUGAAUUGGCAAUUAGUAUCAUGAAAAUGAAGCAAACUCCAGCUUGUAGCUCUUAAAAUAAAAUGCAGAGAAAGACCAAGAACAGCAUGUUUGGAAUGACCAAAAAAGGUUGGUUUUUAGACCUGAUUUUCGCAUUGCUUUCUGUGGGAAGGUUUGUGCAGGAUGACUUUGUAGGGACUAAUAAAACUGGUAUAGAUAACCUGCACCUUUGAUACUUUGUGUGAUUGCUAUGCGUUAUAUCUCCAACUUGAAAACCAAACAUCUUGAUUCCACAUGAAAUUGUUGCCCUUUUUUAUCAUACUUUCAUGUAUGCAACCUUAUCAAUGGAAAGCAAACUGUUUGUGCACAAACAAAUAAAUACAAUAAGUGGGACUGUUGACAUAUGUAUUCUUUUAGGAGGCUCAACUAUUCAUGUUUGGGAAGGAAAGGAUGCAGCAGAAAAAUAUCUGAAACCCUUUGGUUAACCAAGUACAGAACACUGGAUUAACGUGAAACCCAGGUCCAUUGCUUAUGGUUAACCAAGUCUUGCCAAACAGAUAAACUGGGAAUGGAAUUAGAGGAAGCAUACUUUUGACAUAUUUGUGGAACUACCAGACAAACUGGGAGUGGACAAAACUGGAAGCAUGCAUUAGGGUUCACCCCCAGAUGAUCAGAUUUUUUUAGGACCAAGUACAUGCAGUUGUCUCUUACUAUUAGUUUUCGUUAUUGUUUACCAUUUCUUGCAAACGAUGAUGAUAUCAAUUGAUAGGCUCGACUAGUUGUUAAGAUGACAUUAUACCUUGCAAUUUUCCUCUGGCAUCUCCAAGAAGCCCACUCAAUGGAAGUGUUAAAGAGUUUAACUUGAUAA